AUGCGGGAAACUUUGUACCAAAUCAAGUCGCCAACCAGCAGAGGUACUCGCUACAAAGACUGGGCCACAACAGGUACGACAAUCGCUUUUACAGUAGUUUAUUACCUCCAUUCCAGUUAUCGGUUGAAGGCCUUCAGGUUCAGUUCACUUCAUUGAACUAUUUUAUUGUUUGCAGUCAAGGAGGCCAAAGGGCGUCAAAUUCCAAUCGGUCUGCCACAGAACUUAAAGAACUACUUCGAAAAUGCCUUACGAAAGCCUCCGAUCUCAAACAUCUUUGGGUAAGUUUGCCAAUUUUGGUAAGAAUAUUACCCAAGUUUGCAGAACGUUCUAAACCAUUCCUGUGCCAUAGCAACACUGGGUCCGUGUUGUCAGCUGAUGUUGUACUUUAGAACUGUUGUUUGGAAGCGCGCCGGUCCCCGGCCAAGCACAAGCGCACGGUACAGUGUAUAGUCUCAGUCAAGAGAUCAGGCUGCUUUCCUAUUAUGAUCACUUGACUCAGUCUAAAAGAUGACCUUAGAACGAAGGAAAUUUUUUUGUCUUAAGACAUUUGAACAGGGACACAAAAUUGUUCGCGAAUAGUUCUUUUUAUUGCAUUUCAGUGAUUUAAUCGUCGACCACUUCUCAGUGAUGCGGCAACAGUUGUCUUGUAGUUUGGAAAAACUUUGGAGGCCUUAAAAAUUUAUGAUACAUUCCAACGAAGCAUUUGUACAAGAAAGUAACUAGCGUGUUUUGAAUUAGUUUAUUUGUAAAAUUUUAAUUACGAAGCUCCUUACAAGGUUCAGAAGUAACUUUUUAGUUGCUCUCCGGGUAUUGAUUCGUGUAUGCGACUGUUCACUUAGUAAUAAACAACCAAAUGUUCGGGAUAUGGUUGAUAUUUUUUCUUCCUUUGCCGUUUGUCAAAUCAGUCUUAGUUAAAGAGCUACUUCGAGAAAGGUUGUCGGGAAAAGUGUACGCGACAAUUCCGAAAGGCAUUGUGGGUGGUUUUUAGUUCACUGUUCUUUAAAGAAAUUUGAAAGAAUGUCACGAGAGGCUAUGGACUUAUGUUUGCGAGUGCUAAAGGAAAACAACAGAAGUAGGUUCGACAGCUGCAGUGUCAGUAACAGUGUAUUUAUCGUAUCCUAUGCAUGUUACCUUCCGGGAUUGUCGCGUGCACAUUUUUCCGACAACCUUUCUCGAAAUAGCUGUAUGCCUCGAGCUUGCGUCAGCUUCUAACCAGCACCAAAUCAAUGAGGGACUUUUCAAAGAAAAUACAGGACGAGGUUUUCCUGUGCAAUUUCAGCUUUUUUACCCCACCACCAAAUAAGGCAACCAUCUACCUACAUUAAGCCCAACGGUAAUAUAUUAUUUUCAAAACUUUUUGUUCAGCAGUGAGUCUAAUGAAGCACAGGAGCAGCGCAAGUCACAUGACAAGAGAAUGACAAGAAGGAAUGUACUAUGUCACGUGAGCAGAAACCGACCGCAUCCAACGAUAUACUUUCCAUUUCAAACUGGUGACAGGGUAAGAAAUAAAUACUGGUGAAAAAAGUUCUUCAUUUUUUUCUCUCUCAUUGCUACCUUAAAUAAUAAAAUGCAUUUAAUUCAGCACCUUGAUCUCCUGGAAAAAUCCGCUAUUAAAAUAACUGAAAGAAGUGAUUUAUAUGUUCUCUUUGGUAAUUAGCUGAUCUAAAUUUUUGCAGUAGAAAGUUAUAUUUCUCUUGUUAGCUCUUCGUAUUGCCAGAGGAUUAUUAAAAUAAAUACUUACCACCUGAGUGGGCUUUUCAUCUUCGUACGUGCAUGCUCAUUUACGCGCUUGCCAGACAGAACCGCCAGCCUGGGAGGGUGUGCCGCCCGGUUCUCCAAAUCCUGCCCCUAUUUCAGACCAAAAAAUGUCAUUUCCACCUCCUAUUUUCAGACCUGGAGGUGACUACAAAACGCAACAUUACAUGUUUACGUAAAACAGAAAUUAUGUCAUCAUUGCUGAGAUUAAAGCUGCAAAAAAAGGUUUUUUAAAAUCUAUUUGAAAUUCGCAUGUUACACUUUCUUUCUUAUUCAUUUGGAGUUGAAACGACGAACACAUUGAUACACAACUGAAGUUCCUUCAUACACGAUUCCAGACCAAAAUGGGCAAAAUCUACACCCGUUUUCAGAAAGAACCCUAGCCUUUGGGGCGGCACAUACCUACAUGGCUUAUAUAAGGGAGUGCCCCCCACCCCCCGGGACCGCCAGCAGCGCAGGCUAAAUGGAGUACAUUUCUCUCUCUAGCUUCAGACAUACAUGGUAUGGAUACCAGAGGACAGACACACGACCACCAGUAUGUCCCUCCCUCCCGUUCAUCAAAGGAGACCCGAGCAGUCCCCGCCCCCAAGAAACUGUCAAACAAGAAUGAGCAAAAGCUUUGGCUAUGGACAGUUCACCAGCCUCAAUCAAACAACUUAUCAAGAUGAAAUUGCCCGGACACCAUUCCUGCACAGAAACAGUAAGUAAAAACAGGAAUCUAUCACCACAGAGAAUCAAUCGGCUAAUAAUUCUGGAAACACGUUAAAUUUUCAGUCCUAAUUUUUUAUAUUUUUACGCCGAAUUUGGUGUGCUCACGUAGUCAACUCUACCAACCAAUCCAACAUGACACGUUAUCUUUUAGAAGAGGCUCCUCAUACCCAGUUCUCCCACUUCUUCAGCGUCACAUUAGAGAGAGACCUGGGUAUGAGAGUAGACGCAGAGUAUCCCCUUCGCGUUCUUUGCUUCUCAAUAGCUUUGCAGCAUGAUCUUUUACUUCCUUGGUCGACCAUAACAGACCGUAACCCAACCAUUGUCAAACGAUACAUAAAACUUAAGACAGAAUAGAGAAACCGCAUUUUGAGGAGCCUGGGGACGUUAUCCAACAAAACCUUGGGAGGAGAAAGAGAGUACAAUCUUACCCCCAAGAGACAUAGCGCUAUACUCUAUUAAGAGAAAGCCUACUAUUACAUGUUUUUCCAUUUGUUAACACCCGUUUAACAACAAAUUUCACCCUUCUAUUUCAGUUAAAAUGAGGGACCACUUUCCUAGUGGAAAUCUAAACAGCAACACUUCCUCCUUACAUCGUGUAAGAGUGCGAUAG